GUAUCAGAGAAACUGGUCUAACUAGGAGCUGCUGAAGUAAAAGCACCAACACGCGGGUAUGAAUGUUUUCUAGUUCUACCCAAAGCGGAAUGUUGGCCAGUUGUGCUUCGGGCCUGUCUGAGUAAAGUAAAGCACCACCUCCACGGUCCAUUAUCAUUUUAAUGAUAAGGAAAUGAUGGCGGCGCGUCGGGAUGCGUUCCACAGUGAAGGAAGGGGAAAGUGCGCCGUUAGCGCUGUUGGCGCAGAGCCGCCGGGGUGGCGCACGCUCCGUUUAAAGCGGCGCUAAGUGGCAGAAGUUUGAAGGACGAGGCUUCCUCUGCUUUUACUUUCACUUCAGACUGAACUCUGGGCGACGCCUGUUCGUCCGCGGGGAGAGAUCGAGGUAAGACGACGAACAUCAGCGAUUAGAACCGGAAUCUACAGGAAAACAGCCGGUCCUGCUGUCCUGCUGUCCGUCUGGAGCGGCUCUAGUGGACCUCAGUGGACGAGUUUCAGUUUGGCUUCCUGUUCGCAGACUUCUUACUCGAAUUCCCCGUUCCACCUUAAACGGGCAGCUGCUACAGUCGAGCGCUACGGGCGCCAGAGCGGGAGCUGCUACAUUUAAGGUGGAACGGAGAAUUCGAUUAAGAAGCUAAAUUCAACUUCGUGUUUGCGACUUGUACUUUCACUCCACAGGUUAGCCUACAGCAGCACGCAUGGCCUGACCUCAGCCUGAUCAGAUGAGUGAUGAGUGAUCCCUAGUGAAGCACUCCGAGUCCACACUUCAAUCGUUUUGGCCGACUUGAAAGAGCAGCACCUGCUUAUCCAUGAUCAAACAGGAGUGCAGUACUGAUGUCAGAAUGGCGCAAAUGGUCAUUGACGUUCGUGGAGUCCCAGAUAUCGACUCUUCUGACCGAAUGGUGGACCAGCUAAAGAUACACUUCUUGAGGCGCAGCAACAACGGAGGUGAUGUUCUAGAAGUGCUUUACCCAACAUCUAAUCCAGGACAGGCCUACGUCAUCUUUGAAUCAGACACAGUACCUGAUGUCCUGCAGAAAGCUCAUGUUUUGGAAGUGGACAGCAGAUUUUAUCCAAUCCAUGUCCAGGAAGCUCGUCUGUCUGAGGUGGACAUGGAGGUUGAAACCACACUGAAUAUAAAUAUGUUCCCCAGUUGGCGGAAGGCCCUACAGCUCGUUAAGCAGCACGGCUUCGAGGUAGCAGAACUCAGCCCAGGCCGUCUCCGUUUAAAGGGGUCCUUCCUCAAUCUGAAGCUUUUACGAAAAAAACUCACUCACCUUCUGGCCCGCGAUGUCCCGCUCCAAAGCAGAUCUCCUCCAGCUGUUUCCAACGGAUACUCAUCAGCUUCUUCAGCUUCUGUCUCCAGAAUACAGCCUGACAGUUUGGAGGCCAGAUCUGUUGCCAAGUCCUCGUUAAAAUAUGGUCAUAUGAUUAGCAAUGGAAUGCACGCGCGGAACCGGAGCCCCAUGGUUGAUGGUGCAUCUGCAUUAUCAGGUGUUUCUCCAGCCACCUCUUCUGAUUCAUACACCCCCAGGAGUCUUCACAGCUUGUAUGCUGGUUCUUAUAGUAGGCCAACGUCUAGCCGAAGAGAAACAGCCUUUUUAGUGGACCAAGACGUUCUAGACUAUGCACUUGUCUAUAAACAGGACUUUUUCAAGCACAUAGAGGUGUUGUAUGAUGCUGAGAUGCGCCUAAUAUCUGAUAAAGACAUUACAACGGUCACGUUUGUGGGAAAAAACUGUCAGGAAGCCCAAGAAAAGCUCCAGGCCCUCAUUAAGGAAAUUGAACCUACUCUCCGCACCCAAGAAAUAAACCUGAAAACAUACAGUUCUGCCCAACAAAGACAGAUAUAUGACAGAAUCCAGACUCAUCCGGACUUGGGUGUGUUGAUCAAGCAAAAUGGUGACACUAUAAAGCUGGUGGGAUCUUCUACGAGGAGCUUUGUGGUGAUGCAAAUGCUGCUGGGAGUCACUGAUGACCCGUCUACUUCCAGUCAAAGAAGGGGCAGAGAACUAGAGAGGAGCUCAAUACUAAGACGAAGUUCCUCGCUACCGAGAGAGCAUAGGGUCAUCAGUGUUAGGGAAGCUGACCAAGUGCGGCGUCCUAAACCUGAUUUACAAGCCAGUGCAGCAAAAGACUAUUCUCCUUCACGCUAUCAGGAGGAAGCUCAGUCGAGAAGACAGCCACAAAAGCGCUCUCCAGACGAACAGCGGGGGACGCAGGGGGGACGCAGGGGACGCAGCAGCUCUGUGGAUAGACAUAAAUACAGGGAGACCAGAGAGCAGCCAAAACAAAGUGAGCCGCUGCUGCUGCCGCCAUCUGGUGGUGGAGAAAAGGCACUUGCGACAAAACAGCCCCCGAAUAUUAAGCCAGUAUUGGGAGCUGGUCUGAAUAAAUUGGCAACAGGUUUUAUGAAUAAGAGGGGCUUAAAAAAGUAAUAAUUUACCAGAAUUUAUGGAGGAAGAUGCUGAGGAAUUUCCAGCUAUGUUUGUAAUGUAAUCAGUAUUUACAUUUGUGUCUGUGGGAUGUACAAAGACGGAUCAGCAUCACAGAGAAAAAAAAGGGGUGAUAUGUAAAAUUGAUAUUUUAACACAGUAAAGCAGCAUCAUAUAAACAUAGCGCUUUACAAUACAAUAAACACACCAUCAAAUCAGCUUCAAAUAUAUUAAAAAAAUUAAAUAUCCAAACGGCGAAAGGUUUGAGGCAAAUAUCUGCUGAUAUAAAGGUUUGAGUCUACUACUGUAACGCCGGGGAGCGAGGAGGUGGACCCAUGCGCUGAGAUAAGAGACUUUUAUUAAGGGCAAAUCCAGGGUCAUGGUCAGAACGGUCCAGGUUCAAAUAGCCGAUACGGAGAGCAGGAGGGACGGACAUGAAAAAUGAACACAGAACCUCAAACAAGAACCAAACACCACGAGAACACAGUACACCCAACACAUCAGACAUGAUCAAACAAAGACCAGCACCAGACUAAUGAAAACACAGGGCUUAAAUACAAGAGGGGUGAUGAGGGUUCACAAGACACAGGUGGAAAACAGGUGGGAACAAUCAGGGGCGGAGACAAGAAACAA